CUGAGCCGUCUCGGCGGCGCAGGUGCGGCUGCCAGUCAAAGCGGUUGCCCCAGGCGACGGGAGUCCCCAGGAAUUUUGCAGCAGGUGCAGCCCUCGCCUGUCAAUCACCGGAGGGGCUGUGGGCUUCGGGCGGAUUGCGGUGCGGAAAUGGCCGAGGUUCACAACCUCCAGGAGUUGCGCCCGAGCGCCUCGCUGGCCACCAAAGUCUUCAUCCAGCGAGACUACACCGACGGGAUCCUCUGCCAGUUCCAGUCCAAGUUCCCCCCGGAGCUGGAGAGCCGGGUGGAAAGACACUACUUUGAGGAAACGGUGAAGACCUUAAACAGUUACUAUGCUGAAGCAGAGAAAAUCGGAGGGACGUCCUACUUUGAAGGGUGCCUGGCUUGUGUCACAGCCUACGUCAUCUUUAUGUGUAUGGAGACGCGCUAUGAGAAGGUUUUGAAGAAGAUCUCUAAAUACAUUCAGGAACAAAAUGAGAAAAUCUACGCCCCCCGCGGACUACUGAUCACCGACCCCAUCGAGCGAGGGCUGCGUGUUAUCGAGAUCGCGAUCUACGAGGACCGGUGCAGCAGUGGGUGCAGCAGCACCAGCACCAGCAGCUGCAGUGGGCAGUGAGGCCGGAGGGUGCAUUGGCGGCGACGGGAAUGCGACAUCACGGAACCCCUGCUUUUCACUCUGAGGAAACGACCGUCUCUUCGCAAUAACGACAUUCGCCAGAUUUAAAGUAUUCCAAACCAUUCCUGCGGUGCAGGGUUUGAGGGAAUGGGAGGGUGGGGGGGUAGAGAGUGAGGGGAGAGCAUCGAGGUUCCCUGCGCCAUCACAUUCCUUUGAAGCCCAGCAAGAGAGGCCUGUCUCCAGUAACCAUCCACGGCAAGAAUUGCAUCUGGCCCGUGCCUUCCGCCUGGUGGAACACUGCAAGGCGCUCAGUGCCUGGUCAAACUAGGAGCAAAACUGAGGUGACCCAAGCUCUGGGCCAGUGAGGGAGGGGGUUAAGGAGCGCCUCGAGGGGCCGAGAGGUGCAGGGAGGGAAUUCCAGAGCUGGAGGCACGGCUGCUAAAGUUGGAGGGAUGGAAAUCAGGUGGGGUUGGAGGAGGGGAGUGCCUCCAGAGGUCUUCAGCGGGAGAGACCAUGCCAGGGUCGAGAACAAGAGCGUUAAGGCUUCAGUCGUCCCUGAUGUCAGCUGCUUGUUAUUUCUGGGUUUGUUUAAUUGCCUGUGUUUGGGUUUCCCACUUCCUGCGGUGGGAUUUGAGUCUCCAUCAGUCGUACAGGGCCUUUGGUUACUGGACCUGGCCAUUUCACCUGCGAACUGCUGGGGCUAUUGGCUGUCGUGUAUCAGAAGUGUGAAGGGUUACGACAGGAAACAGGAUGAUAUGCAAUCCUGGAGAACCUUAUCGCGGCCAGUGCCUCCAUGCCGAUGAUGCAUUCAUACCUGCUCUGCUGGUUCAAGCACAGCAGGAUCCCACCACCAGCGAUCCAAUCCUGACUAAGCGGUGUUGUUGGCCCCAGUGCGACUCUCCUGCUCUUGGCAAUGUGGGGGGCAGAUGGAGCCUCAGCCUGGUGUCUCCUCCAAACGUUGGCACUGGUGGCAGGGUGACAUUCCCGCGGGAUUGACCCGGGCCGUGAGCCAGUCCCCGAGGGUCGAGUGGUUUGGCGGUGAACAGCCCAAGGGUUGCAGCUGCUGGGGACGUGAUGAGAACUGCGCUGGAUGGUGGAAGGUGGGGGGGGCAGGGAGAUGCACAGGCGAUCCAGUGGUCCCACCCUAGGGUGGGAGCCAGUGAGAGGUCAUGCCCUGUCCCACCAAACUGAGAUGCCAAGUUUGGUGUUUGCAGGAUUUAGUCAUGCCUCCUCCCAAAAUCCCAAUCUCCCCCACCCCCUCCCCGUCUGAAAUCCCCACCUUCUAAACCCCUCCUCUCUAAACACCUGAAAACCCCCAUCGCUGUUAAUGCUCACCCCCCCGAAAUCCCACCUCCUUAAACCCCCCCACUCCACCCCAACCCCUCCCAGUCUAAGUGCCCUUCCAUCCAGCAGUCCCCACCCCUCUUCCCAACUUCACACCCUCCCUACAACCACAGCCCUACCUGUCCCUGACCACCCCUGCGUUUGAUGCCCCUCCCUCUCCCCACCUUGGCCGAGAUUCCAUCCCUGGCCCCAGCUCUGCCUUUCACGCCCAGUGUUAAUCCUGUCGGAAGCUGCUCCCUUGCCGGGUCGUGAGGUGUCACUGCUGGUGGCGAUGGGGCAGUCACAUCCAUCGUGCUCUGAUUGACAAGUGGCUCUCUCCAUUGCGGUGAAGACGAUCACCGUGUUAGCGGAGCGAAGGAACCAGAUUCCACGAGCGUUGUCAGGAAUUCCCAGUUUGCUCUGUCUUUAGGGAUUGUAUUCCAUAAUCACAUCUGUAAUUCCCAUGAAAACCAGGCAAGUCAUCCUGUCCUGCACUGGAAGGUGUGUUAUAAAUUGUCGCAUCUCAGAAGGUCAUUGCACCCACUGAGUUUGGGUUUGAUGUGCCCUGGCAGCUCAGUUUGAGGUGCGUUGUUUACCGCGGAAACCUUUCCUAGCCGAGUCCAUUGUUCAUUCCUCAUCUGUGUUCGGACACUGGCUGAAGGCAGAUUCAACCUGACCCUGGGCCAACCCAGUGGUCGAUUGGAGACACCGGAGACAGCAGCUGCUGGAGUCUGGAGCGACACACAAUCUGUUGGAGGAACCCAGCGGGUCGAGCAGCAUCUGUGAUGGUCAAUGUUUCACAACCCUGAUGCAGGGUCUCGACCGGAAAUGUCGACCAUCCCUCUGCCUCCACAGAUGCUGCCUGACCCGCUGAGUUCCUCCAGCAGUUUGUUUGCCCUAUCGUGGAACAACUGGCUGGGUUUGAAGGGCUCCUUUUGCAGUGAGGUGUCCAUGUCCAGUUUUGCUCUGUGUUGACCGGUGCUAGGAAUGCCUGUGUAUCUGCAAAACCGCCCACCUCCAUUCAUCAUUCACAGAGUUAACAGCGUAAGGUCCAGGGAGACUGGAGGUGCUGGCUGUCGAGUGGCAAUGCAAGGGAGUAGCAUGGUUUUGGGAAUUUGUGAGCGCACUGAUGGCAUGAUUACCUUGGGAGCAUCUCUUACGAUGCAAUAAUGCGUGUUUGGACAUGUCAGGAGCUACGGUGUAAUGGCCAGUGUGUCAGCCAGAUGUCUUCCUAUGUGCAAUGUGAUUGACAUGUGUCUGCCCUGUACGAACACAAUAAACCACGCAGAAUGCCAGCGCUGUCUGGGCGGUACCUUGGCCACAUCACACCU